AUGAGGGAGAUACCUGAACAAGUUGCAUCGUGGUUAUACAAUGUACUUCAACCGCAGUAUUUACACAAGCAGAUAGCAUACACUCAUAUAAUACGUUUCCUUCAAUCUCAUCUAUAUGGUGAAGAGAAAUUUAAAAUAAGAACUCAAGUCUACACUUUUCCGGAAUCUGGAUAUGAAGCAUUAAUGUUGAACCUCGCUGGCAAUUUGAGUAUACCGGGACAUUCAACGGUCCCUAUUCAGAUCUGGGUACCACAUCGAUAUCCAUUCGAAGACGGAGUGCCUAUUGUGUAUGUUACUCCAGACCCAUCCCAAGGCGCGAUACUAUUGCCAGGUAACCAUAUCGAUGGUCUGGGACGAUUCUACCACCCUUACUUGUCUAGGUGGUUUUCUGAAUGCUCCAGUUAUAAUCAGGAUUCGUUUGGGAGGUACAAUUUGUUGGAGUUGGUUCAAGUCAUGCGUCAAUCGUUUUCAAAAGAAUUUCCAUUACAUCGCCCAUCAGGCGAAACGGGACCCUUUUCUUCCCCUGUUGUUCAUGGAACACCAACACCUCCUCCCAAGCCUACAAAAGUUUUAGCUGAAUCCCCUAAGAUGCAAUCUCCACCUCCUCCCAAGCCUGCAAAAGUUUUUGCGGAAUCCUCAAAAAUGCAAUCUACACCGCCUGACGUUCCAAUCGGGAAUCCAAAGUAUUCUGUUCCACUUAAAUAUCAAGGGCCAUUACCGCUUCCACAUGAGCAACCUCUCUUACAACCUCCCAUAACGCAAAUACCGAAGGAAACCAUAUCAACGUCAAAAUCCACGCAAGCGGUCAAUCGUAGAGCAAUGAAGGCACCUGAUUUGAUUGACUCUGAAGGUUUAAAGGAAGGAGAUAUUUUUACAGGCGAAGAAAAUGAAGGCUUCAGCAGGGAUUUGAAAGAAGUUUUGUCCAAAGAACUUGAAGCUGGACAUGCCAAUAAUCUUGCCACUGAGAUCCAUGACAAUUCCAAAAAGAUCGAAGCUCUCCACUCCCAGUUAGGUCAUCAUCGACAGCAAGCAGUAGCUAAUUGCCGUAACUUGUCGAGUCACAAAGAUUAUCUUUCUCAAAAGGUCAACCAAAUUUCAAAUUCAAAUGCAGAAUUGGUUGCGUUAGACAAGCUUAAUGCAGGGCUGAGUGAUAAGGUUUACUUAAAUCCAUCGAAGGCAAUUUCGAUUGAAAACAUCGUGAUACCAGAUCUGCAGCUAGUUUCGCAGCUAUACGAUACAGUAGCUGAGAUAAAGGCGACAAAAGAUGCUCUUAAUAUGCUUUGUGGUAAUUACAAAUCGACGAAGGAAAUUGUGAAUGACAAUAACCUUGAGUGGUGCAUGAAGUAUGCCAGAAGCUUGGGGAGAGAUCUCUAUUGGCUUGAAUUGACGAGACAAGAAAUUAGCGAGAGAGCUGGGAUGGAUUAA